GCCCAUUCAUCUCUGCAUUUGGGCGUUGGACUCCGCAUCUUAUUAGCACCAAGGGAAAUUUCUCCAUUUUGCAGCCUGUCUACAACGACACGGCCACCAAUCUGGGAUUUUAUUACUUCUCCUCACCUGACAGUUUUUUUCUUGCAAUUCUGAAAAAUUCUCCUCGCUCUUACUGGACUGCUUUACCCUUCUCCUGUGAACUUUUUUUGUGCAGAGAGGGGGACACAGAGGGAAAGCUUUGCGUUUCAACAAAGAGGCUUGUGGGUCUUUGUUCGUUUUUUGGAUCGGUUGAGUUUCUUUGUUGGAGCGAAAAGCAUGGGAGCGCAAUUAUCCAAGGCACCUGGAAAGGCUGAAACUGCGGCUGAAAAGCCAGGAGAGGCUGCUGCUUCACCCACCAAGACCAAUGGACAGGAAAAUGGCCAUGUUAAAGUUAACGGGGAUGCCUCUCCUGCAGCAGCUGAGAAUGGCAAAGAGGAGGUGCAGGCCAAUGGCAGUGCCACAGCUGAGGAGAGUCCCAAGGAGGAGGCAGAGAAGGCAGAGGCUACCCCUGCCGAGAAGGAGGCCACAGAUGGGGAGAAGGUAGAGGCAGCAUCUCCAGCCACUGCUGAAGAAGAGGCCGCCACCAAGGCCGAGGAUGGCGCCACGCCUUCCACCAGCAAUGAGACUCCAAAGAAAAAGAAAAAGAGGUUCUCCUUUAAGAAGUCAUUCAAGCUCAGUGGCUUUUCUUUCAAGAAGACCAAAAAGGAGACGGGUGAUGGGGCAGAGAACGAGGAAGCAGCCGCUGUGGCAGCAGCACCCGCCGAGGAGGCAAAGGUGGAGAGCACAGAGGAAGUGGCAGCAGCAGCUCCCACUGAGGAGGCCAAGCCCGCCGAGGGGGAGGCUGCACCUGCUGCAGAGCAGGCAAAGGAGGAGGUAGAGGCCAAGCUAGAGGAGCCAGCAGCACCAGCACCAGAGAAGCCUGCUGAGAACCCCAAAGAGGACGCCCCCGCUGAGGAGCCAAAGGUAGAGGAGAAGCCAGCUGAGCCUGCAGCAGAAGAGGCACCAAAAACAGAGGAGGGUGCCCCCACCUCACAGGAAGCAACGUCAGCGGAGGCUCCAGCUGCUGCCACCGAGGCUGCUGAAUAGGAUCUGAAAGAGGAAGAAAUUUUUUUGAAAAAGGAGAAAAAAAAAGAUAAUCAAAAAAACAUUUUCCUGUUUGUACAUUGAAGUGACGCGAGGUCCUGGCUUUGAUGAACUUAUCUACAACCAGGGAUGUUUUAAAGCUUUCCUUUUUUAUUUUUGGUUUCCAUUUCCCCCCUAACACAAAACCCAUCUUGGUCCAUUGUUACUACCAUUCCAACGGGCUAGGGAGGUGGGUGGCUUCAAUAUGUACAACUGAUUAAAUACAUCCACAUUCUGCCAUAUAUUUUUACAUCAGUAUUAAUUUUUAAAAAAAUUUUUUUCUACAAAUGUAAACAAAAUAGUAAGGACAUGCCCAUGGUAUGAAGGAGUGGGGGUUGAGCUGUAAAUGAAGGGUAAAUGGGGGGUGGGAGGGCUGGGAAAUGUGCCACAGACUUAUGAAAAGAGUAGUCUAAAAACUAUGAGACCAAUAUCUAAAUACACCAUAUGGUUUACAACACUAAGUCAUUUUUACAAAAAGACAACAAGUCCCAGACUUAGGUUUUUAGGGAUUCAUAUAAAUUCAUAGGAGCUUUUCACUUCUCAUUAGCUGUCAGUGAUUCAGUAGAAAUACAAGUUGUAUAGGCUUUAUUGUUGUUGGUUUUAUGACCUUAAUAAAAAUGUAAGUAUGUAUAGGCGGGGUGUUUUUAACUGUGAUUAUUGUACAAAAUGAAAUCUUGAUCUCAAGAAGCACAUGAAGUUUGCAGCUCUUUUUUUCCACCCACUCAUUUUUGUAAGAUACCAACACAAACACACAUAAACAAAGACAGAGUCAUCCUGGAAAGCCUUCAUAAGCAUUUUUGAACUCAAAAACCAAGCUGUGAUAAGUGGAAUGGUUAACUGUUUAUAUACUGUGGUAUGAUUUUUUUUUUUUUUUAUUCCAGCAGGCAGUUUUUCCAGUGGUCUUUGACUAAAUUUGAGGAAUCUAUCAGAUGCAAAUGUUUGUGUAGCAUCUUGUUUCUCUCUUUUGUUUCUUUUGUAAAUACUGAAGAAGCUUUGACCAAUUUGACUUAAAGAUGGAAUGUAACUUUGCUUACAAAACAAUUGCUAUUAAACUCCUCUGCUUAAGGUGUUCUAAUUUUCUGUGAGCACACUAAAAGCAAAAAUAAAUGUGAAUAAAAAUUU